AUGGAUCCACAGAGUCAGUCCUUCACACCGACCGGCAGCCAGGCAGCAGAUCCUGUCCAGCUUCAGCAGAUUCUCACUGAGCACAACGAGCGGAUCGCCCGGUUAGAGAGACAACACAACGACGACGCUCGCAUGAAGAGCCUCUGGGGACCCAGCACGGCAUUUCCGAGCAUUUUGAGCGGCACCCCACAGCAAGCUCCUCAGCAGUACCCACCCUCUGACCAAUUCCGCAACUACGACGAGGAUCCGAACAACAUGAUGAGCAGCCUCCACCUCGACGCCGACGACGAGCCUCGCAGCCGUGCUAUGGGCGCCACCUCGAGAGCGAACAGCGUUCGAUUCGAUGAGACUGCCAAUCAGAACCACUUCUCUUCACACUCACAGCGUCCGUCGUUCGAUUUGGCGUCACGCCAGAGCAGUGGCUACAGUGGUGGUUACCACAUGAGCGAGCGUACUCCGUCACACAAGUCCGAGCCACGCGCCAGUUCAGCUCACUCAUUGCGCUCCGCUGCUUCAGGACGGGCCAGUAGUCUUAACCUGGACUAUGGCACGGGCGAGUCGUCGUCGCCACUGGAUACACCAGGCAUCGCCCCUGGUCUGUUACUGCUGGGUCCAACUCCGGCCAUCAUCAGGUGUUGGUUGGAGCGCAACUUCAAGCACCGCAACUUGCAUUACGCUGCCAUCUGUACGGGCUCGUGCAAGUCUUGGAUCGAUUUACGGCUCGUUCAGAAACUCGGAGUCGAGCAGGCCAUUCGCAGCCAUCAGAAGGGCCCACGCACGAUGAUGAUUCGCGUCUACUUCUCUGAGGGUGUUCAGGUCCCGAUUGUGUCACAACGCUCGCGUAGUCCAAUCUCAUCUACGCUGCCGUCUCUGGAGCUUGAGUUCUGCAUUCUCGAGAGCUCGAGUCUGCCGACUGAACACAAGGCCAUCCAGAUUGUCAUUGGCAGCGACGUUCUCCAGCCACAUCAAGCAGACAUUCUGUUUUCCACGAACAGAAUGACUUUGAUGGACAGUGAGGGCAAGAAGCUCACGAUUCCUCUCGUUCGCCCAGAAGAUGAGGCAGCCUAUACCAGUCUCGCUGUUACCAGCAGUGCGACUCCAGGCGGUCCCCCAGGCGGUCCUCCAGGUGGUCCUCCAGGUGGUCCCCCAGGCGGCCCUCCAGGUGGCCCUCCAGACAACUCACAGGGCAAUUCCGAACCAGAACAAUCUUCCAAGGACCACAGUUUCUUGAACGGGCUGGGUAAGGGCGGCUCCAUCAUCUACACACCUUCAACAUCUGCUGCCUCCACUGCGACGACUCCGGCGUCAGGCAACAGCAAAUAUCGUCCACCAGGCGCGCUUGCUGGAGAUUCUGGUAGCUCUGAGCCCACGAAGCUGGGUGCAGCUGGUACCGACGCCGAGGUCCAAUCGACCAUCCAACAGUCCACUACUUCCAGACCAGCGCUCAGCCAAUUGAACACUCGUCAAGAUGAAGGACCUGCACAGCCCCCUCCGGUCAAGGAAGGCGGCUCAGCGCUGUGGGGCAGUUGGCGCCGAGAUGUCGCUCAAUCGAGCACAUUGUCUCCCCCGGCUGGUGGAGCUCCAGAGUGGGCUGGCGCUAACAACACCCGCGACUCUUCGUACACUCGCAGAGAUACCGGUAUCAAGGUCCUCAAGCCUAAGACGGCUCAUCGCACAUUCUCAGGUGCAGCUUCUACCACGCCCCCGACCGCUGGUACAUCCAGCCCGGCAGACGGCAAGAGCAGAUUCUUCGAUGCAGGCCGAAGUCUUGAUAACAUCCCGUCCAAGGUCGGUUCGAAGGAGAGUUUGACUCUGUCAGCAUCCAAGCCCACCAAGACCAAUCCGAUAGGAGGAGGAUCCGCCUUUCCUUGGUUGGGCAAGUGA